AUGUGUAUGGAUGCUAAUUAUCCGCCAGAGUAUGAAGUAACUGGUCCCAAUUCAAGAGCAACGGAUGUAAAGAGCGGGAAAUGCAAAGAACAACUUUCCGUUUUCAACCGAAAAAACAGAAAGCACAUGACCAACAAAGAACAAGAAAAAGAACAAGAUCUGUUGCUUGCGUUUCCCAAACAAAGAGAGAUAACCAUCUUCUUCUUCACCAUCAUUGCCAGAACAACCAUCAUCAACAUGAAAUCAUAUAGAUCUGGAUUCAAUGGCAGCUCUGUAAAAUACAGCCCCUUCCGAAAUUCCCAAUUCAUCGUCACAGGCUACGAUCACGGCCAGAACCGUGGCCGUGUUAACAUCCACUACUCAAACAAGAAGCCACUCGCAUCCUUCACCACCACAGAUCGAAUCUUCGACUGCACAUGGUCCUUAUCAAACCCUGAUCUCAUCGUCUUAGCAGCCGACAAAGGAGCUGUCCACCUCAUUGACAUCAAUCUCCCCCACAAUUCCAACCCUCUAGGAUCCUUCUACGGACACACCGGCAUCACAACCUCAGUCGACUGGAACCCCAUUGAUGCUUCUUUCCUUUCAGCCUCACAAGACGGAAAUGUCAAGCAUUGGAUUGUUGAUCGAUGCAGUACCAUCCAUUCCUACAGCCACCCUAAAUCUCUCUCGCGUGUCACCUGGAAUCCACGUAGCCCAAACAACUAUGCAACUGCAUGUAACGAUGGUAACGUCCGUGUCUGGGAUAUACGUGAUAGGAGGGCUGAAAUCAUCAUUAAAGCUGAUGAUUUACCUAUUCUGUGUUGUGAAUGGAAUAGCCAUGGUGAAGCUCGAAUUGCAACUACCACACUUCGCAUGACUUACAUUCAGGUGUGGGACAUCAGGCAGCCUCGAUCCCCUGUGAAACUCCUCGAUGGGGCACAUACAGCUGGGGUCCGUGUUGUGAAGUUCUCGCCUCAUAGGGAGUAUCAGAUUGCCUCGUGCUCGUUUGAUGGGAAGGUGGUUCUGUGGGAUUAUGGGGCAGAGAAUGCGGUUCCAAUAAUCAAAAAGUACGAGCAUCACGUAGCCAGCGCCCGUGGGUUGGAUAUGAGUAAGAUAGUCGAGGGGUUAUUGGUUAGUACUGGAGUGGAUGGCCUCGUUCAUGAGUGGCAGCAUGUUCUGCCAGAGGCAUGA